AUGAGUACUGGGAUGGUCAGCAGGGACAUGAGCACGAGAUCAGCAGCAGCAGCAGCAGCAGCAGCAGCAGCAGCAGCAGCAGCAGCAGCAGCAGCAGCAGCAGCAGCAGCAGCAGCAGCAGCAGCAGCAGCAGCAGCAGCAGCAGCAGCAGCAGCAGCAGCAGCAGCAGCAGCAGCAGCAGCAGCAGCAGCAGCAGCGAGCAUCAAGGCAACUGCCGCAAUCAUCACCCCCACAGCAGCAGCUGCAGCUGCAGCCCCUCUCCUCCCCCUCCUCCCCUCUCGCACCCAUCCCCUCACCCUCUCCCCCUGCCCCUGUCCCCCUCCGCCAGUCUUCCCCCUCCCCCGCCUCGUCCCCGCGCCCCCUCCCCUCAGUGCUCCCCCUGCCGCCCUCGGCGCUGGAAUCGCUCCUCCCCUUGGCUGGUUCCGGCUCACAGCCUUCAUGGGCUCUCCCCUGGACUGGCUGCAGCGAUUCGUGCUCUCCAUGGGCGGUGCAGUGCUGCUGUACAACGUGAACGUGUUCGCCACCAUCGCUGCUGCCAUGUACUUCCUUUGGUGGCCGCUCUGGCACGCUGCUGCCGCCAACUCCGCCCUCCGCAUGCGAUACAAGUUUGCAGGCGUGUGGCAGGCGCGGCUGCUGGACGUGCAGGUGGAGCAGAGGGGGCCGCUGGCCAGGUGGCGGCUGCUGAUUGGCGAUGACAGCGGCACGUGCAUAGAGAUGCUGGUGCCCAUCCCCUCACCGCCUCCCGCGCUGCGUCCCAACGACCGCAUGGCACUGCUGGUGCUCUCAGACAGCCCCUCGCUGAUCCGCUUCCGAGCGGUCAGGGAGGCGUGGGUGCCGCGCCUCCGGUGCUGGCUGGCGGAGGAGGGGGCGGAGCGCGUGGAGCGGCGCGUGCUCGAGGGCCUUUGA